UCAUUCUUGACCCAUGAGGAGCGGAUUUCUGGCAGGUGAGCCGUUUAUGGCUGCAGAAAUAGAAAAGUAAUAUGGAUACUAUGAUGAACUAAAGCUUGUCACCGUAAAUGAUUGUAUUGAUGGAUUUAGGUGGUGUGUAAUGUGGAUACAGGCUUACAGAGCAAAACAAGUAUGUUUUUUUAAUGAAAGUUUAUUUCUCAAAAUUAUGACUCACAAUUUUUGAAGUUUAUAUUGUAAAAUAAUGAUUUUUUUUCUCAUAAAUGAACAACUUUAUUAUCAUUCAUUUAUUUUUUUAUUUUCAUGAUGGUCCUGCAUCCAAAUCCUGCAUAAAUGGGCUUUUUAAAUUAUAUUUUCAACUUUUUUUUAAAUCAAAAUUAUUUUUUUAACCUUAUAUUUAUUUUGCUUAUUUGUUUAUUUUCGUGUAAGCGUUAGGAUGGUUUGUUCUUCGUGUUCUUCUGUUUUGAUUCUUUACGUCAGUAAUGUCGAUCGUUUGCAGUAUAUACAGUCAAUGGGGGGACCUCAUGGCUCGAGACGUCCAGUAUUUUUACAGUCAAUGGUCAGAAUCAAACGGAAGGGAAUUCCAUCCUCUGGUCACGUGACUUAUAACAGCAACACCAACAAACCGUGAACGAAAGUUCUGCAGCUGCACAGAAGCGUUCUGGAAGGAUUUGAAUUCAGGGAUCGAGAAGGACACAAACAUGGACUCAUAUGAUCAAGAUGUUGAGAAAACAGAGUUCUGCUAGACAACUUCAAAUCUCUGAAGAAUUCAGUCUUCACGUAACUCUGCCCUCCCCUCGCACCCAGCAGCACUGCUGCAGUCGAAAUACCUGAGAGUAGAAAGAGGAAGAGGACGAGCUCGUGUUCUUCUCCCAGGAUGUUAAUCGAGUCGCCUGGAAGGUCAGAGUUGACAGCAGACAGCAGUGUGUCUAUGAGGAGUGAUGCAUCAAGACUUGAACCACCGAACUUCAGCCUGGAAGAAAAACAAAGCCUCUCUCGAGGGACUGAGUUUCAGAGCCCAGGCUGUGCGUGGAGGUCAGAGUUGACAGCAGACAGCAGUGUGUCUAUGAGGAGUGAUGCAUCAAGACUUGAACCACCGAACUUCAGCCAGGAAGAAAAACAAAGCCAGAACUUGAGCUGCUCAGCAUGUGGUCAGAUUCCAAAUACUCUGGUCCUGCUCAAGUGUGGACAUUUGUCAUGCCAACAAUGUAUUGACUCAUUACUGGGGUGUGGCUGUCCAAUCUGUGAAGAGAAACCCAAAAAAGUGACAGGCGAUCAGAGUCUCCAAGAACCAAAGAAAAAACUUAGAAAGGCAAUGCAGCAGAAAUUUGAUUUGACAUCUGAGGGUAUCAGAGACCAAAAGAGUCCCCUGAAAAGCAUCUAUACAACACUUUACAUCACCACUCGAGCCCCUGAGGAACUUUCAGGAGAACAUGAGUACUCAAGUCUGAAGUUUUUUUUUAAAAUGAAGCCAUCAGGGGAUUUCUCAGUCCAACUCGAUACCCUCUUCAAACAGUUUGCACACAAAGAUAAACCCCAGAGAAUGAUCCUGACGAAUGGAAUCGCAGGAAUCGGAAAGUCCUUCGCCGUUCAGAAGUUCAUUCUUGACUGGGCAGAAGAAAAAUUCGAACAGGAUGUGGACUUUGUCUUCUUUCUUGCUUUUCGAGAGCUACAUAUGUGCAAGGGAGAGAAAAGCCUUCUGCAGGUUCUGAUUGACUUUCAUCCUUCUCUUCAGCUCAACGAUUUGAAGAGUUUGGAACAAACCAGAACCAUUGUGAUCCUUGAUGGCUUUGAUGAAAGCAGACUUCAGCUGGACUUUGACAACUCCAAAACAAUAACAUCCAUCAGUGAGAGAACAACUGUGGAUAAUCUGCUUGUAAACCUCAUUAAGGGUAACAUUCUUCCAAAUGCAAACAUCUGGAUAACUUCUCGUCCUGCAGCAGCAAAUCAAAUCCCAGCAAAGUAUGUGAACAUGGUGACAGAGAUUAGAGGAUUUAACGAUGCACAGAAAGUCGAAUACUUCAGGAAGAGACUGAGUCCAGAUUUGAGUCUUGCUGAAAGAGUCAUCUCACACAUUCAGUCCUCACAGACUCUUGACAUGAUGUGCCAGAUUCCCAUCUUCUGCUGGAUUUCUGUCAUCUUGUUUCAAGAUGUUUUUAGAGGAGAUGAAGAAGCAGAAACCCCUAAAACUCUGACUGAGAUGAUGGCCCACUUCUUGUUUGUCUUGACAAAACACAGAUGCAGAAAAUAUGAGAAGAGUGAGACAAGCAAAGAGAAACUUCUGAAAACUCACAGAGAUUUCCUCCUGAAACUUGGAAAACUUGCAUUUGUUCAGCUGCAAGAGAACAAACUCAUCUUCUAUGAGGACGACUUGAAAGAAUGUGGGAUUGAUGUAGAAGAAGCAUCACUCUACUCUGGAUUUUGCAACACAGUUCUUCGAAAUGAAGAAAUCUUCUUCCAGAGAAAGAUCUUCUUCUUUGUGCAUCUUACCAUCCAGGAGUUUUUUGCAGCUCUUUAUUUCUAUGAAUGUCUUGCUACCAACACCACUGGAGAUCUUGGCAGUUUUCUUGAUCUGAAGGUAAAGCAUUCUUUACUCGACCUUCUAAAAAAGACAGUGGACAAAGUGUUGGAGAAGAAGAAUGGUCACCUGGACUUUUUCCUGAGAUUCCUCCUUGGCUUGAUUGUGGAAUCCAACAAGAAAGUCCUCAACGGUUUGCUGACCCCACUGGAUCCAAAGCAAGAAAUAGACAAGAAAAUCUUGACGUACCUUAGAUCCAUCCGAAGAAAGACCCUGUCUCCAGAUAGUUGCGUCAACAUUUUCCAGACCAUGGUGGAGAUGAGAGACCACACAGUCAAAGUGGAGAUUGAGGAAUAUCUGAAACUGUCAGAUUAUUCAGAAACAGAGCUGACUGCUCUUCACUGCUCUGCUCUGGCCUUCAUGCUGAUGGUCUCCAAUAAUGAACUAGAAGAACUGAAUCUGAAGAGUUACAAGACAUCAGAGGAAGGCAGAAGGAGGCUCGUACCAGCUGUGAGGAGCAGCAAGAAAGCUGUGUUGAGAGAGUGCAAAGUGACUGAAGAGUGGGUUGAACAUCUGGCCUUUGGUCUCAAGUCCCCAUUCUCACCUCUGCGAGUCCUGGACCUGAGCACCAAUGACUUGAGAGACUCAGGAGUGAAGAAACUCUGUGUUGGACUUUCAAAUUCUUGCUGCAGACUGCAGAAGCUGAGGUUGUCUGGUUGCAUGGUCACAGAAGAAGGCUGUUCUCAUCUGGUCUCGGCUCUGCAGUCAAACCCUUCCCACCUGACAGAUCUGGACUUGAGCUACAACCAUCCAGGAGACUCUGGAAGGAAGAUGCUGUCAGAGCUGAAAGACGAUCCUCGAUAUGCCCUCAACACACUCAAUCUGAAUUACGGUGGAGAACAUCGGAUGAAACCAGGACUCAAGAAGUAUGCCUUUAGGUUCACUCUGGACUCCAACACAGCACACAGGAACCUGCUUCUGUCGGACAUGAACACCAAGGUGACCUGGGUGGAAAACAAGCAGCCAUAUUCUCCUCACCCUGAGAGGUUUGAUCAGCAGCUCCAGGUGAUGUCUGAGCAGGGCGUCCAACACAGCUGCUUCUUUGAGGUGGAGAAGGAGGAGCCCUUCAGCGUCGGCUUAACGUACAAAAGCAUUGAAAGGAAGGGAGAUUCCACCGACAGCAGGCUGGGAUCCAAUGAGAAAUCUUGGAUCAUGUCAUGCACUAAGAGCGGCUGCUAUGUUCGACAUGGAAGCGAGGUCUUCCAUGUGACGUCCUUAUGUCCACGCUCCAGUCACAUUGGAGUGUUCCUUGAUUGGGAGGCGGGGGAACUGUCCUUCUACAGAGUUUCUAAUGAUAAUCUCACCUUCCUCCACACGUUCCAGGAAUGCUUCAGCAACGCUCUCUAUGCUGCAGUAGAAAUGAACUCUCAGUCCUACGCUCACUUUUGUCACGUAACCUGAUCCUGAUACUCCAUGACCAUGACAGAGACUAAGAAGGUUUAGAAGAUGGGUGGAUGGGAGUGGUGGUGGGUCUGGAACCAGACAUUGUUAUCCUCAAUUUUUUUUUUUUUUUGUAAUUUACUUUUUAUUUCGGCCUUAUUUUACAAUUUUCACAAAUGAAAAAAUAUCCCAACUUUGUAGAAAGAUAAGAAAAAACAAACAUAAUUAAGGAAAAAAACUAAAAACUAAAAUAAAUCAUGAUUUUCAAAUAAAGCUAAGGUGAGAGACAACACCCUCCCCUCCCUCCAAAAAAAA